UGCCGUUGACGACCAGGAAAAUUCAGAGAAUAACGGACAGCCAAUAUGCGAGCGAGAAUCUCGAGGAACGUAUUCCGAGGGAAAAGUAACGAAGAAAGCCGCGAGCAGUCAUGUCAUGGGAAUCCAUCUCCUCGAGAGACUACCUUGGCGGUCCGGCCAGCAGUCAUCAGUUGUCGGCGACCGCUCUACUGGGUAGUCCGGACGGAUCGCGGCAUCCACUCGACGUAUGCGAGUUUACCGAGGAGGAUUAUCAUCAUCAAAAUGCCAAUGGAAACGGGCACUAUCAAAACGGCCGAUCCGGCGCUGGUCUGUGGGAAUGUCUGAUAGGCUGCAGACGGCGAUUGGAUCAGCACUUGGCUCGAAGACGGGUGGAACAAGGCUUGAAGCUGUAUCGUGCGCACAAACAACAAGCUGCGGUACGAAAAUGGCGGGGCGCUCUCAAGAAUAUCAGACAACGAGAAGACAAAUUCGCUCUCCUCGGUUAUUUGUACCAAGCUUACAUGGAUUGGGGAAAGUACAGGGACAGCAUCGAUUUUGGUCAUAAGCAAUUAUGCAUCUCGGAGGAGCUGGAUUCACCGAAUAUGCGGGCCGAGGCGUAUUUAAAUUUGGCGAGGGCACACGAAAGAUUAGGUGCACUGGACAGAGCGUUGGAUUAUGCGAGGCACAGUUUGUACAACGAAUGCGACCAAUGCGCGACCGCUGGAUUAGUUCAUUUGACUGUGGGUAGGGUGCAUUUGGAACUGGCGGGGUUUUGUAAGGCUCUGGAAGCCUUUCAGAGAGCCCACAAAAUAGCUCAUUCCAUUCAAGAUCCCUCGUUGGAGUUGCAAGUAUACGUAGGCUUGUCGGAGCUUUUCUGUAGGUUGCACGAUGCUGAUAAAAGCGCGAGGUACGCGGCACGAGCGUACGAUCUUUCGAGAAGUUUGCAGCUGGGAGACUUAAACUCGCGACAUCACAGAGCGGCCCUACUUCAGAUGGCGGCGGCGCUUCGAAAGAAGGGAGAACUCGGUGACGCCCACGAUUAUUGCUCGGAAGCAACGCGGCUGUCGCUCGUAUCCGGCGAUCAAGCCAGUUACGCGAGAAGUAUACGUAUAAUGGGAGAUAUUUAUAGGAAAAAGGCCGAUAUAAACAAAGCGUUUCGACAGUACGAGAGCGCGAUGGGUUCCGCGGCUGCAACCGGCGACCGUCUAUGCCAAAUGGAAGCGAUGGACGGUGCGGCGAGGUGUCUCGAAGCUCUUCGACUUCAACACAAAAUAUGCAAUUGUCGUCCUCUCGAGUUCAAUACACGACUGCUCGAAGUCGCUGGAUCGGUCGGUGCUAAGUUCCUGGUGCGAACCGUGAGGUCGAGGCUCUCGCGAAUUUAUGGCUCUCUCGGAGAUGAGGAACAAAAGGCUCAUCACGAGAGAUUAGCUACGGCGAUGGAGGAAGAUUUGGAGUUGCGAUGUGGCGGCUGUAACGAGCCUUUCGGUCUCGAACCCGAUUCCUUGGAGGCGCUUCCCUGUUCUCAUAUACUGCACGCCAGGUGCGCCUACGAGAUUCUCAAAAGGCGUGAUAAAAAGAAGAAGCGUUUAUGCCCCGAUUGCCACAAGUCCGUCAGUUCACGAUUGUACCUGCAUUGCGAAGAUCCUCACGGCAUGAAUACUUUGAAUCACAGUUCCUUAAGUCUGGCAUCGUUAAGAGCGAGCAGUUUAGCUACGUUGGAGGAUUGUCAUGCCACGAGUAGCGUCUAAAAUUUCAUCGACUCUCUGUGUACUCUACGUGUCACGUGUCCCUCGACGCUGACAAUUCGUUCGUUCGUUCGUUUGUUCGUACAAAAACUGAAAUCGAACGACAAAAGUCGCGCAUGCCCUAGAGUCGACGCGGGACGAGAUAAAUACGAGAACGUGACAAUUCCGAUUACCUUACCGGCUCGACUGAACCAGAUCAAAUUCCCGUGAUUCGCCAAUUAAAAACCAUUAGAUUAUUAAAACUUAAACACGAUUUACCGAUAACAUUAUCGACGAACUAGAAGGCAACAGUUGAAUGAAAACUAGCACCAUUCGAAAAAAGACUUAAUGGCAAUAAAAAAAUGCACGUUCACAAUA